AUGCCGGAAUACCGCCCGGAGCAUUUUUAUCCUGUUCGUCUAGGUGAAGUCUUCAAUGACCGAUUCCAAACGGUGGCCAAACUUGGCUACGGCUCAUCCUCGACCAUAUGGCUCGCGCGCGACCUACAACAUCAUCAAUAUGUAGCGCUAAAAAUCUACAUCCACAACUCGGUCCAGCACCGUGAACUACCAUUCUACCAGCACCUGGAGAAGGUUCUCCCUACCCAGCACCCUGGCGCCAAAAACGUCAGAAAGCUACUCGCUUCGUUUCAAGUAACCGGCCCCCAUGGCAAGCACGUCGCGCUUGCUCUUCAGGCUUCUCAAAUGAGCAUCCGCGACAUGGAUACGGUGUUCAUGGAUGGUCACGGAUUCGACGAGGGUUUUGUGAAGGGAGCUGUUAAGGAGCUUCUCGAAGCGCUUGAUUUCCUGCAUACCGAGGUGCAAUCAGUACACACUGACGUUCAUCCGGGCAAUCUGCUGCUCGGGACAGACGACGACUCUAUUUUCCAGAAGCUGGAAGAUAAUGAACUCUCGAGCCCCGUUCCUCGCAAGCAAUGCGAUGGCCGGACUAUCUACCUUUCCCGCUUGAUGAAGCCCAAGGCUGGACCACUACUGCUUUCUGAUUUUGGAGAAGCUAGGCUCGGCCCCGGUCCCCAUGCCGGCGACAUCAUGCCAAUCAUGUAUCGAGCCCCAGAGACGCUCUUGCAUAUUCAAUGGAGCUAUCCGGUCGACAUCUGGAGCGUGGGACUUACCGCAUGGGAUCUCCUUCAAGGAAGAACGCUAUUCAGCGCCCGCAAAGAAGACGGAAGUUUCUCCGACGGAGCUCACUUCGCCGAACUCAUUGCAGCGCUGGGCCCACCGCCUCCAGGGCUUCUCAAUCGGCAUCGCAACAGAGCGCUCGAGUACUGGGAUGAACAAGGAAACUGGAGCGAGUUCGUGCCUAUACCGAGGGAGAAGACUCUCGCGGCGGCUGAAACUAAGCUUGAGGAUAAUACCAAGUUCCUCCAGUUCAUUCGAAGAGCCCUUACCUGGGAUCCGGCCGCACGCCCUACAGCGAAGGAACUUCUUCAAGACCCGUGGCUGAAUACCUAG